CACCCCCCCCCCCCCGGUUUUUUAGUCUUGUUGCUUUAACAAGUUUUGCUUUCAGCAUUCUCUGCUACUCGCGCUCUCAAACGGUCGACGAAUUUCUCUUUGCAAACAGUGAAUAUGGGGCAGAAAUUUGGUAAAGGAGUUGUGCAUCGGAGCGGUGUGUCCGAACAAUGUACACCAUCGACCGAUUGGGAAAGAGAUGAGGGUGAAUUAUUUUGGACGUGGAGAGCUAUUCCACCGAGAGCAAGUCAUGUUAGAAAUAAUUCGCCUGCGAAUCGUGCAAGUGCAGAAAAUGAUUUAUUUUGGUCUUUGGGAUCAAACAAAGAUCAAGAUGAGAGUUGUGAAGCAGAAGACAAGGAAGUCGACUUAUUCUGGACGUGGAGAACGACUCUGGAUGAGGAGAGACCUCCUGUUACUGAUGUAACGUUGGUCUCUGUCUCUGUGGCAGCCGAAGAUGAGAUGUCCGGACAGGGUUUCAUUCCAGAGAUCCUGGAAAAUCCGGAAACUCUCGACGGUGGCCCGGAGAUCCUCACCAGUCAGGAUCCACUCCCAGAUAUGGAGAAUCCAGUCUUUUCUGACUCUCAAAUGCAAUUUGGGUUGGAUUUGGACAGCGGUGAUGUUCAAAAUCCAGGCCCAAAUGAGGCAGACGGGGGUGCAGAAAUCCAGCAAUCUCAAUCAGUCGGUCAGUCUGAAGAGAAGCUGGAAGAUGAGGAGAUCUCUGGUGUGAUCUUUCAGGAGAUCAACUCCAGCAUGUAUAAGGUCGGUGAACUGCUGGCGGUAGACAGUUCAGUAUCUGUCUAUGAAGGAACCCGUGUGCAGGAUGACUUGAAGGUGCUAGUGAAAUACAUUAACACCAUGGAGCGGGUGGAUUAUAUCUUCAUCCCGGGUUAUCCUGCACCCCUUCCCCGUCAGGUGGGUCUUCACCUACUUGCCUGUCAGGGAGACGUCGUUCAUGAGAUUCUGCAGCUCGUGGACUGGCAGGAGUUUCCCGACCGCCUGGUCAUGGUGCUGGAGCGCCCUUCUCCUUGUGAGGGUUUAGACGAGUUUCUCGCCAGUAAAGGGGGAGAGCUUGAUGAGCUGUCCGCCAAGGAGAUCAUGUGGCAGGCAACCUGGGCUGCCCACAUGUGCUGCAAGCGGGGUGUUUUCCAUCGGGAUAUCAAGCUGAAGAACUUCUUCAUAAAAGCAGACACCCUGGACCUCAAGCUUGACAACUUUGGGUGCGGAGAGCUGCUUCAUAAGUCUGCCUACAAGACUUUUACAGGAACGAGAGAUUAUUUCUGCCCUGAGUUCUUCCGAACGGGCGAAUACUAUGGAAAGCCGGCGACGGUGUACUCGCUCGGGGUGCUGUUGUUUGCAAUGUUGCGCGGGAAAUUCCCCGACUGCAAUGACAGGAACUCGAUCUGGUCUAAAGACGGCUUGACUGAAGAAUGCUGCAGUUUGCUGGAAGACUGUCUCCAGGAGGAUCCAGAUAGGCGAAUUCGUCUGAAAAAUAUCUUCAAACACAAGUGGUUCCAGGUCAAAGAUCCUGUUGACGGCCUCCAGACUCCCGUCCGCUCUGAAAACAAGGAUCUCAUUCUGUAUCGAGAAUUGAUGUCUAAAGUGGAGUUGGAGGAAAACAAUCCCGGUGUUGACGUUCAGGAAAUAAAUCGGAACCAGUAUGAAAUCGGCAAAAUGCUGGGGGAAGGCGGCUUUGGAAAAGUCUAUGAGGGAACCCGUGUGCAGGAUGGCUUGAAGGUGGCAGUGAAAAUUGUCUGGAAGAACGAGUAUGUAAUCAAUGAUUACAUCGACAUCCCCGGUUAUCCUGUACUCCUUCCUCGAGAGGUUGGUCUUCAAAUGCUGGCCUGUGAGGGAACAUAUGUUCCUUCGAUCAUCCAGUUACUGGACUGGGAGGACCGUCUGGACCACUACGUCAUGGUCCUGGAGCGCCCUUCUCCCUGUGAGGAUGUGUUGAGUUUCAUGAACCACUCAGGAGGCAAACUCGACGAGAAUACGGCGCAGGUUAUCUUGGGGCAAGCGACAGAAGCUGCUGAAAUCUGCUGCAUGCGGGGGGUCUUCCAUCGAGACAUAAAAGUGGAAAACAUCCUCAUUAACCCGAACACGAUGGAGGUCAAGCUGAUCGACUUCGGAUGUGGCGCUCUGUUUAAAAACUCGGAUUACACAGAUUUUAUGGGCACAGACGUCUACUUAUGCCCUGAGUUCUUCCUAACGGGCGAGUACUAUGCAAAGCCAGCGACGGUGUACUCGCUUGGGGUGCUGUUAUUUGUCAUGCUCUGCGGGAAAUUCCCUCGCAUUGAUGACCUGGACCAGAUCCAUGAGAGGAGGUGGUGCAAAGAAGGCUUGACUAUAGAAUGCUGCCGGUUGGUUGAGGAUUGUCUGCAAAGGAAUCCAGAAAAGCGGAUCCAGCUGGAAGAGAUCUUUGAGCACAAGUGGUUUAAGGUACUGUGUUUUAGCUUUCUUUGCAUCUGUUUCAGAUGUGGUUUAUGCUCUUUGUACCAAGCAAACUUGUCAUUGUCAUAAAACAUGUGUUUUGUUUAUUUCAGAUCAGCAAGCCUUAGGAAUGUAAUGAAUGGAACGUCAGGUGUUAGGACCAAUAGGGGUGUAUUCAUGACCUACAAAGUAUGUCAUGCGGCACACCGUUAAGUUGGUAAGUUGCCUGAUAACCUCAAAUUGUGGUUCCAAUGUAAAUAACCAUAGCAACUUCUGCUCCAGAGCAGGGCUCAAGAAAAUGAAUCUAUCACGCAAAAAACCUAGGACUACUUUGAAUAAGUAGGUUUUGCAUUGAAGCUAGACACGUAACGCUUGACAUAUCAAGCGAUCUCUAAAAAAAAGUAAUAGUGGUGCAACAUAAAAAUAUUUUUAUUCACAUAAGAUAGAACUGCUUUUUUAUCUAGUCUGUGCAAAUCCAGCGUCAGGCUUUGCCUUGUUCACAAAGGAAUCCGUGGUGAAAUGAAGCCAGCAAACACUCAGUUUACCCACGUGAAAACAACGUUUUCAUAUCUCAAGUAAUUUCAAUACUUUACUACUGUAUACGUGCAGUACAGAAGCGUUUUGGCUCCAGUUAAAGAGGGUUAGAGUUGGGUCAGAGCCGAUGGUGGAGCGGUUCGUGUUCUGACAUAUGGCGCCGGUGCGUCCCGGGCGACCCGAGUUAGAAUCCCGGCUCGUGGUCCUUUCCCGACCCCACCCCCUCUCUCAACCACGUCGCUUCAUGUCCUCUCCAAAAAUUACUGUCUGUCCAAUAAAGGCAAAAAUAUAAUUUAUUGGUUAUACUUGAUCAAUUGUUUAUUGUCAUACGAAAUUGUUCAAACUCAAGCUUGUCAAGCAUUCAUUUAGACUCAAUACAGUAAUUGUGUCGACAUCGCUAAUAUGAUUUAAUUUAAGGCAGAUGAAACGCACAUGAUCAGAACACAGCUUGUUCACUUGGAAAAAUAAAAACAGUGCGGCCUUUACUUAUUAUUAUUAUUAUUAUUAUUAUGAGGUACUCAUACUUCUGAUCAUAUUUUUUUCCAGGCACAUUUAAAAAAAAUCCUAACCACAUCAAUCUACUAUUAAUUGUGUUUAUAAUCAUUUAUAAGUGGUUUAUUAAUGGUUAACAAAGUCUUGGAGUGAGAAAUGAAAGACAAAAAAUUACCAAUAAGAAAAAAAAAUAUGAAUAAAUGCAUGCAUACAUAAGUAAAUAAACACUGACAUUUAUAAUUAAAUAUCAAUUCAGGCAAAAAUAAAUAAAUAGAUAAAUAAAUAAAUAGAUCUGUCAACAAUAUUUACUUUGUACCUUUUAUUUGUAUGUAUUUCUGUGUCUGUAAGUUAAUGAGAUAGGCUGUCCUUCUCAAUGCAGGAUAGGGUAUUUGCACAUGUCACGUUACUGCGUUUAAGUAUCGCGAAGUACGGAUGGUGGCCAUGAAGUAUUUUCUGCUCUACAAAGGAAUCGCACAAUCUCAAAAUGCCUUAUUUUGCGUUGUUUAUGGUUGCCUAAAUCGGUUCUUAUUGUGUGGCAAACGUUGCUAUUCAUAAGGGUUAAAAUACAAGAUUGAAAAACACAGGAAAAGUGGCUUGUAAACUUGUCUGCGACGAGAUGAACAGAGUCUGAUAAUAGGGACUUUCUAACACGCAUUAAAUGCCUAAACAACGACAAGGAAAACACAACAUUCUGUCAAACCUUACUUGUAAUAAACUCUUGGUUCUGUCAAAACAUCGAUUCCUCAAGGAUAAAUCUUACGUUAAGCAUUAAUCAUUUUAGCCUGAUUUCCCCCUUAGAACUAUAAGGACACCGCAUACCGUGGCUCAAGGCAGCUGAGAACAUAAAACGUUUCUGUUAUCGUGUUGAUUUGAUUUCAGUGAUAAACAAAUUUAUUGAAUGUAUUUCAUUUGGUUUUCCAUGGUCGUUCUUUAAACCACGUUAGCUUGAUGUGAUAUUUAUCUGUAAAGGCUCGUUCUCUUGACAGAAGCUAUAGUUUAUAGUUUAUUUAUCAAUCUAUGAGUCUCUUGAUUGUCCUCAAUGUGAAAAGAGGAAUCAACAUUACUGCUGGACAUGAGUCAAAUAUCCAGAAAUGCUGAAAAAGCAAAGAUUGUGGAGGACUUGGGUGAUUGUUUUGCAUAUCAGUGGACAGUCUAAUGACUCAUGACAAACAAGAAACCCUUAAACAACUAUGACUAAACAUAAAAACUGUCAUUGAUUGUUUAUGUAACAUCAUACAGUAUUAAAAUGUUGCCAGCCUAUGCCAGCGUAACAUUUUCAGCCAACUUUAAUGGCUCACAGAAUAUUUUCUGUAAAGAUUAUAUGGACAAACAAAAUGUCCACUGAAAGAACAGCGUCUCAGCUUUUAAACAAAAGAAACCGAAUAUCUUCAUCUUCAUUGGUCCGUUCUUUUAUCACUCCGUAGAUGUGGGUAGGUUUCUUCAAAAAUUCCUCAUAUUGAUCAAACAGCUGAGAUAAUUAAAGUUUUGUUUCAAAGAUUCCGCCCAGAUUACACUCAGAACAAUCAUUAAAAACCGCUAAAACAUAUACGUUCUGGGAUUCUGUACUUUUUUCCAAAGGUGUGUAAAAGCGCCACCUGCUGUAAAACAGUACAAACACCGAUUUCUGUAAUAACUCGUCUUUGGCGGGGAACCGUUUUCUUUUAAAUGACGAGAUAACUCGUCAAUGGCGGUGAAAGAGUAAACAGGGUGGUGAGCCACACAGGAAGUCUAAGCAGUGAAGAUGAAAAUAGUUCAACUUUUCAGAAUGCCGCACUGCAUGAGAAAGCUGUACGACUUGCUUUUUCCGCGCGGUUUUAGACACAAAAUGUGAAUCGCCCCUUCGUGCAUUUGACUGAUAAUGGGCAGAGGUAUGAUCUUGUGUCUUCUGAAUUUGUCUAAUUGUGAGACCCAAACACGUGAGUUGGAGCAUUGACUAUGAGUUAUGAAUAAAAAAUCAAAUCAAAUGUUUAUUUAUCAUAAUUGUUCAUAAACGAAUUAAGAUGUACUUAAUGAUGUCCUUUUUCUCUAUAUUUCAGGUAAAGUUGAAGCCUUGAUAACAAAUGUUUGAAUUUCUGAACAGGUUUUGAUGGCAUUUUUGCUUUGCAGCUCUGAUGAUGUUUACCACCAACUGGUAUAAACUUUCAGGGCUUCUGUUAAAUAUGUAAUCUAGAUAUUUUCUGGUUUCUCGUGGACUUCAUUAUCUCAUAGUCCAUAACGUGCAGAAUGUUUUCGUGGCGCGAUCAGAGACAGAGUUUACUUUGCAAUGGUAUAAUGACAAUAGCAACUACGCCUAUAUAUUGAGAUGCAGUCAUCUAGUAUGACAGCGGAUCGAUUCAAAUGGAUUCAAGGUGGUGUGACGGUGACACAGCGUCAUCUCUCUCUCCUGGCACCGGAUACACAUUCACUGUGUUUGAAAGAGCCCAGAGGAGUGGAUUCAACUUCACUACAGUAACGUGACUCUAUCUCUUCUUGUCAUUGCUAUUUUGUUCUUCUCUUUGUAAUGUAUUGUAUUUUUGUAUUUCAGCCCCGUUGAAUCUCAGAUGAGUGUCUACGUGACAAAGUGAUGAGUAUACAUAGUAAAAAGUUAUGUUUAUUAUCUUAGAAUGAGCUACUUCUAUCUACAUACACCGCGGGUCCACAAGUCACCAUGUUGUUUCUACAGUAGCCAUUAAUGGACAAACUGCUCUGCAGAACGGAUUUCAUAAAAUUAUUAUCGCCAUCAAAGCAAAAACAUGACAACAUUGUUCUGUGUCAGCCAACGUAGUGUUUUGAAAGGAUGGGGGAAGGGUCAACAUCACCACUAGAUGCAAAAUUUCAUACAUACACUGGACCUUUAAGUUGUUUACGAUUUUUAAAUUGAAUUAUUUUUAUGAUCAAAAUUUAAAAUUCACACUUUUGCUCGCUAAUAUUUACUCUAUUGUCAGAUUUUUGUAUUUAUUGUUAUUGCUCACAAAUGAAGAAUUUAUUUAAGAGAUACCCAACUUU